AUGGCCUCCGCCAACAUCUCGUAUUAUGUCCAUACAGGCGCGGAGAUUCCCUGGGGAAACUCGGAAAGCUCUCAGGACACUCCCACCGCUGCCCAGACAAUUCUGUCCGCAUUCACUGUCGCUAUCCUCGUUGACCUCUUUAUUAUGAUCGGUUCAUACUUCGCUACCCCGUAUCUAUUCCAAGCUACCGAAUCUUUCUUGGAGAUCUGGGUUUCGCUUUUGUUCUCCCCUCUCCGCCGGUAUCUUCGACGCAGAAAGACCCCGUUGGAUCCAGAGACCUAUCAGCAGAUUGAAAUCGAAGACUAUGACGAGAAUCACAACGACAGCGACUCCGUAUCGCAACUGGAAACACCCCAAGAUCCACCUGAGCAGAAGAAGAAGCGAUCAUUGCUGAAGCGCGUUAUCGUCAUCGCCUGCGGUUUGAUCAUAGUUUUGCUCAGUUUCGUUCGUCCACACAAUACGGAUUACAGUUAUCUCUCUGAGUCCCUUCCUCUGGCGCCGUUCAGCAACCUCGAAUAUUCGCCCGCUCACGAACGUCCUGGAAGUGCUGCUCCCGAGACUGCUCCUCAAACUCCUCCACCUCCCCCACCUCCUCCACCUCCCCCUCAAUAUCCCCCUCAGAGUCCUCCCCAAAGCGUCCCAACAAACGUUGCAGGAGGUGCCCCAUCAAUUCCCAUCUCGGCACCUGCUAAUUUCAGCUGGCUGGAAAACCGCACUGCUCUGGACUCUUUCCCCAUGUUUGACUGGUUACCUGCGUACAAUUCGUCCGAUGGUCUUCCGGAUUGGUCUCCUUUCCGUGUGAAUAGACACAACCAGGAUGACUAUGUGUAUGAACACUACAACCCACUGAAAGAUCCUCUGCACUUCCCAAACCUCCAGAAUGACAUUUUGGAGCCUUUGCGUGAAGUUCUCCACAACGGAAGUGUCAAGAUUAAGCAUGUCAUUCUCAUCAAGUUGGAGAGCACUCGGCAGGACGUGUGGCCCUUCCGCAAUACCUCCUAUAUCAUGAAACACAUCAAUGACUCUUACCCCAAGGGCAUCCCCGGGGAUGUUAUGGAUAGACUCUCUAAGCUCACCCCUACCGCCGAACGUUUAACCGGACAUGAGACCGGAUUCAGUGGGGAUAGGCCGAAGCCCUAUGGUGGCUUCAGUGCAAGAAACGCUUACACGUCUGGAACCUACACCCUGAAGAGUCUCACGGCCACUAUAUGCGGUGUGAAUCCUAUGGCGGUCGAGGCCAACCUUGAGUACCUGCACGAUAUUUACCAGCCCUGCUUACCUCACAUUUUCGAGGCACUAAACCAUCAGCCGAAAAUCACUAGUGAGGCAACUACCAAUCAGACAGAUGAGUGGUCUUCCUGGCCGUGGUUCACUAUGUGGAUGCAGACACACUCCGACGCCUGGGAUAAGCACUUCUUGCUUUCUCCUGCUCUGGGAUACCAACAGGUCAUGGCAAAGAGAACAAUCGAUGCGGAAGGCCGUAAAUAUAUCCCCAAGGAGACAGAAGAGGAGGACGAACAUGGCCAUGAGGAUAAACUACUGAAAAAUUACCUCCGGGAUGUCAUUGAAGAUGCGAAGAAGAACAACACCCGCCUCUUCCUUAGCCACCUAACACAUCAAACACAUACUCCUUAUUAUCUUCCUGGUGAUUAUAAGGAGAUGCUGGGCGAUCGGUCGAAUGAACAGAGGGACAGGUUGAACCGAUACCUCAAUGCCGUCCAUUACGAGGAUGAGUCGAUCGACCAGAUCCUACAGCUUCUCGAAGAUACCGGCAUUGCCGAUGAAACCCUUCUUGUGAUGACUGGUGACCACGGUCUAUCACUUCCAAACGACGGUGGCAUCACAGCCUGGCACUCCCCUCACGUCGGAAAUUUCCACGUGCCUCUAUUCUUCUCCCACCCCAAAAUGCCACAGAUCGAUCUCGGCGACGCUGCUAUCCUCUCCACCCAAAUUCUACCCACGAUCCUCGAUCUUCUCAUCGAAACCAAAUCCAUCGAUGCACAGGGAGCCAAGAUCCUCGGUGAUCUCCUCCCAAUGUACGAGGGCCAGUCGAUGAUCCGCACACUCAUCCCUGAGAAGGACGGCAAGCACGAAUGGCAAUUCUCAACAAUGAACCCCGGAGGAACAUGGUUCACCGUGCGGUCGGCCUCAAAGUCCUACCGUUUAAUCGUUCCCCUCAAAGCCGACGGCAAGUGGCGAUUCACCGAUGUCGGCGCCGAUCCAUUCGAACUCAAUCCUUUGGAAGAUCACCAGCUCAUGUUCCUGAGCGAUGCCGUUCAGAAGAACCAUGGACCUGAGGCUGUGAAAUGGCUCGCAGAGGCGGCCCAUGUCGCUCACUGGUGGGUUAAGGAAAACCAUCGCCGCUGGAAGUUUGAUCCUAAAAACCCCAACAAUGACCCCCCGAAAGAUGACGCUUGA